GUCUGGCAAGGGGGUGAUAGCGGGUGUGGGGGCUCAUGGAGCCGCUCAGGUCCGGGGGUGGUAGGUUCGGAUUAGUGUCCGAGGGUAUCACAGGAGGGGGAGAAAAGCGGCAGAUGGUUGGCGUGGAUCCUGACGUGGGAAGCACCGAAUUCUCCAAGUUCCCACAGCCAGUGUGCACCUGCCCUCCCCACUCUCUCACCCUGUCCUCUUCCAGGCCUAUAUAAGCCCCGGGGUUGCUCCUUCGAAGCAUCAUUCGCUCGCUAGCGUUUCGUUCCGAAGCGUCAGACAAUUCAACGAGGUUACACGCAUCACCUUGGACACGUUUCCAUCGACCGAACCAGUGAUCGUUUCCUCCUAAACAUUACGCUCGCGCUUUAAAACCGGUUCAGUGCUCGAGUUAAUCGCCGAACCACUAAUCAACAUGGCCACCGCCACCAUCAGCCACGUGGUCGAGUACGAGAACGAGACGAACGACAACCUCUACAACCUGAAGAUGACUGGGAAGACCACAGCAAGCAGCAAGCGUCUCAGACGAGCCCUGAAGCCACUCCUGAGGUUGCUGAGGAAGAAGACGAUCGUUUCGACCAGAUCCAAGCUGACCAAGGACCAGAAACCGGUACCUAACGCGGACACCUUCACCGAGGAGGUGGACAACCAAAACAACGCGAACGAGGCCUUGGAGAGGAGACUCCUCGCGGAGCUUCAGGACGCCGAAGAGGGAGCUGCCAUCACCGUCUGCUUGGACGGACAGAUGACGGUGGUUCCUGUCGUGCCUGGCCAGUGCUACGUUCCCGUUCACUUCGCCCACACCCACGCAGGGGACUUCUACUGGACCACCGUGAACCUGGCGGACAGUGACCUGUGCUACAAGGAACGCGCGUUCUCGCAGCAUCAAACACCCGAGAUGCAAGUCGCGUGAACGGAACGGGAUGGAACGCGACGGGACGUGUCCUCGUCUGCCACGCGUGGACGACA